GUCUCUCGCGUUGAAUUUCAACGGUCACGGAAAGACAGCUUGUUUUCAAAAAGUCCAACGUACGCUCGUUCACGGAGGAAGCGUGUGAUACAAAUCAGUCAAUUGAACGAGUUGUGCGCGCUAUUAUUGUUAUUAUUCACGAGUAAAGUGCCAUGUCAAUUGUAUAGAAGCUUCUAUUCUAUUCUAAACUCUCACAAGAUGACUUCGCUGUCACUUAUAGCCACUUAUGACGAAUUGGUGAGAUGUUCGAAUGUCCUCGUAAAUGGAUCCUGCGAGGAAGAAUUCCUGCAAUUCGCUUUGAACCAGGAGGAGAUGAGGCAGAAAUGGCUGGCUUCGGAGCAGGAAUGUCAACGACUCCAUGCAGCCCUGGAUAAGGCUCAUCACGAAAUUGCAGGACUGGAUAGAAAGCUGCGUCAUGCUAGAAGAAACUUGGAGGAGGAGAACCGCAGACGUCGCAUUGUUGAGGAACAAAAAGAUUUAUUGGAACAACAAAUUGCUACAGCCAGGAAUUUGUUUACUGAUGGAGGUAGAAAUCUGAAUGAUGAGACUAGAGAGAAACUGCAGUUUCUUAAUAAUACUUCUUUGAAUCAACAAAGUAACAUGCAUAUUCAGGAUGUUCACAUGGAGAAGCUUAACACAAUAGCCGAGUUGGACUCGACAGGCUCAAUAUUAAGUGACCUUAAUUGUCUAUCAAGAUCUGAAGAUGACUUAGAGGCCAGCACUAUUUUCCAGCAAACACGGAAGAGUGGGAAACGACAGUGGAAGGAGCAUCGUCCCAGCAGCGAACAUUCCAAGAAACAACGUCGUAGCUCGUUGCACAAAGUUACGGAAUUAAAUUCUUCCGACAGAAUAGUAGCCACUACCACUGUAGUAAUGCCCAAAGAUGGUGCAAUCACUGCAUCGUCUACAAUUGAAGCUAUACCUGGCGAUGAGAAUGUAGAUCCUCAGGUUCCUUCACAAAAUACACGCAAUCGGCGUAAGAGUGGAGAAUACAACAAAUCCAAGUUGUCGCAAAUAGAUCCAAACAAAAUACCAUUAGAUACAGCACCAUCAGCACCAAAGGCUGAAAUUCUUACGUCAACUUCAGAUACGGAAGAUGUCUUCAAACCAAGUCCAAACAUUGGAGGAUAUACUAUGAAUACGAAAAUGUCUAGGAAUCAUAAUUUUACAGCUAAAACUGCCAUUAGGUCGGAAAUUUGCACGCCUUGCGGCAAAAGAAUUCGAUUUGGAAAGAUUUUCCAAAAGUGCAGAGAUUGCAGAGCUACGGCCCAUACUGAAUGCAAGGAUUUAGUACCAUUGCCGUGUGUGCCAACAGGAAAUACGCCUACGUUGCGUGGUAUACCCGGCACUAUAGCUGAUUACACGCCUAUAACACCGCCUAUGGUGCCUUCCAUCGUUGUUCAUUGCAUUAACGAGAUCGAAUUACGCGGAAUGAACGAACAGGGUUUAUACAGAGUAAAUGGAGCGGCCGCAGACGCCAAAUGUCUUAAGGAUAAAUUCCUCAAGGGCAAAGGUGCCCCAAAUCUUUCCAACGUUGACAUAGCGACCAUCUGUUCUACUCUGAAAGAUUUUCUCAGAUCUUUACGUGAGCCGUUAAUCACUGUCGCUUUGAUGGGAGACUUUAUACGCGCGACAACGCUAACGGAUAAACAAGAUGCCGAUGCCGCUCUUUAUCAGGCAAUUUCAGAACUCCCACAACCAAAUCGGGAUACUUUGGCCUUCUUGAUGUUACAUUUGCAAAGAGUAUCGAGUAGUCUCGAAUGUAAAAUGCCCAUCAGUAAUCUUGCUAAGGUUUUCGGACCGACCUUGGUCGGUUACACUUCCAAGGAACCGUCUCUCACUAUGCUGAGUGAAACGAAACAUCAAGUUGCGGUGGUGGAAAAUUUGCUUCAAAUUCCAUCUGAUUAUUGGGCUACUUAUGUGAAUCCAACGAACUCAAAUGGAAUUUGUACCCCAAAAACGAACGAAUUAAAACAUACACCAUCAACAGAAUCGCUUCUUAAGCGCAGUACCUCCCGCGGUUUCUUCAAUACUCCGCUUUCUUCCAGCCGCACUUUUGCGAGAAGAAACAAGAAAUACUUUGCUACACCACCUUCUACUAGGGUAGGAUUCUAAUGAAGAAAUUUAUAUUUGUUAUACUAUAACAAGUCAUGAAUAUAUAUAACUACAGAAAUAUUUGUUUAACUUUAUACAUAAUCGUAUUUGUAAUUGUGUUUAUAUGUAUUCUUUUGUAAAUAUGCUUAUAUACAAUAAACAUUUCUCAAUUUGUA